UUGUUAUGCACCGAAUCACUUGUGCUGUAAUUCUUGAUUAUAUAUAUAUUCCCAUCAGUGUGUGGUGAAGCAUGUUACCGAGACGGGGAAAUGCCCACAAGAAAAUUGUAGCGUUGAAGUCAAACCAGAUUGCAAAAUGGUAGAAUUUUUCCAGACGAAACUAGAUAGACUGUUUGUAGACUAUAGUAAGGUAUUGGAGCAACGAGCAAUGAUGCUAAAACCGAGUGGCGAUUUGAUCAGUGUUUCUACAAUCAAUGGUGAUACCGAAUGGUUUCCAUUCAGAGCAAAUAUGCGAAUUGUGGAACUGAAACGGGAGAUUGGUGAAAAGUUAGGUCUGAAAGUCGAACAGCAGCGAUUGAUUUACAAUGACAAAAAUCUGAAGGGAGACGCUAGGUUAUCCGAUUACAACAUUGGCUGCAAUGCUAAUAUUUCCUUGAUUAUGCCGCUUUACUGUAUCCCAGAACACUUGGACCACGUGGUGUUUGAUCUAUCAUGGGAAUUUCCCGCUGUGAAUCCGGAUUUCCUUGAUGCCACUUGCAUGGCCUUUGAAAAAGAUGAAUUUAUUCAAGUUAUUGAUUGGACACAUUCUUCGAACGAAUAUUAUCUUAACGGCUCAAUAAAACAUUCAGAGAAAAAUCUAACUGGUCCCGGAGCAAAGACUGGACAUCAGACGAUCCAUGUUCAUUUGAAACGGGUACCAGGGAAAAUAACUCAUCUGUAUUUCACACUAAGUUCAUGGAGGUCACCAAAUCUCUCCGAGUUUAGAAAUCCUUCUCUGAAAUUUUAUGAAGCGUCCAGCGAAAACGUUAACUUGUGUGAAACUACAUUUGGGCAUGCUUUAAGUUCACAAGCUGUCAUCAUGUGCUCGGCUGUUCGUGCUGGAACAAAAUGGCAAAUAUUUGAGUGCGGUGCGGGUAGUCUGGUAGCUGGAAACGCAAAGUGUUACAACCCCAUUCGAGCAAGAAUUGCUGAACUUAUUGACAAUGAGCUGUAGAUUGCGCUAUUGUUGAUGUCUUGUACCACUGUUUUUAAUUCAGUGACGUAUUCUAUGGGACCAGUAUAUAAGAUAUAUUUAAUAGUCAUGAAUCCAUGUAUUGUAUAAUGCAAACUAUAUAGGUGAUUUCCGUUUCUGUAUCAGCCUUAUAAUAUAUACCGGACUCUAGGAUUUUGUUUAUGCUGUAUCCAACGUCAAAGCUCAUGUUAUUGGCAGCAAACCAUGCGUCAUUACAUGUAUAGAUCAAUACUUGAAAUGAAGUCAUAAACCAUUUGCAACUUGAUUAGUUUCUUUCAUCAAGUAUGUCAAGGUUUGGACUCACAGCAUAUGUGAUGUGUCAAAGCAUUUCAUUCUUAUGUGUCCAGUGAAAAGUACGAUAUCAAGUUUGUUUCUUGAUUUAGGAUCUUUUGAUUAUUUUUAUGCCAUAUUAAGCUCUUUACUUGAUGUUUAGUGAAUUUGGUAACUGUUACCUUAUUAUUAUAUGCAUAUCUCGAUUUGCAAAUAAAUUUAUUGUUGUU